AACUUGAGAAAAAAUCCAUAUGGUCUGUCAGCAGGUUGGAGGGGGGAAAUCUUACGACUUGCAUUCCAAGCUCGUAAUUUAGCUGGCUUCACGCGUCUCCACUCUCUCUCGCUGGCGAAAGUUAACGUGAAGCGACAGACUUUUUACUUGUUCUAAACCUACUUGUUUCCAUCCCUGUCUAUUCAUGAUGAAUUCGCCUUCAGAAUGUUAUCGACGCGAGAAUACAGAGAAGGAAUCAGUCGAUGAAAUCCGUCAACGGAUUCAUUCAUUACGACAAAUGGUGGAAGACGAAGUAGGAGAAAAACAGCAUUUCGAAGAAAUGAAGAAACCAACUAAAAAAAGGAAAGAGUCUAUGGAUACUGGAUCGCUACUAAGUUUCACGUUCGGUUUUAUUUUGUUUUUACUAAUUGCCGUUGGAUGUUAUGCAUUCCGAUCACUUUAUCUAGCGAUUAUGAAACGUUACGCUGUAACGCCAACAAUUCAAUGAACAAACCGCUCCAGCUAUUUUUUAUACUGACAACCUUGUACUGAGUUUUUGCAAGAUCAAUACUUGGCUCUAGCCUACGAGCGCAAUAAUAAAUCCAGUAUUUAUGCAGCAA